AUGAUUCUAGAGGUUGAGAAUCCUAAAAAUAUUGAAGAUUGUUUUGCUCGUCAAAUAUUUAGGGUAAGUUCAACAAAGUCUUCUGCAUUUGUUUCACUUUUCAGAAAAUUUAUUUAGGUAGCAUCGAUUCUCCGUCUAAAUUUCCACAAACCCGGUCGGACUCGAAAAAUAAAUUUCAUAAUCACCGCCUUUUUAUUUGCUCUUGGAAUAUACACAGUGAUCUAUAAUAUUCGGGUAACAUUUUCAUAUAAUCAUGAUUCUGGUGAACUUGCCUCACAACUUCUCAUCGUUCUAUGGGCGAUUCAAUCGCUGAUCUCGGUUUAUUUUUUGAUUCAAUGGCAAUUGAACGGUGAUUUUAUACACUUCAGGCAGAUCUUAGAAGAAUGUCAAAAUUUGAGAGGAUUGAAAUGCGAGCGUGGAAAAUCGAUGAUGAAAUGUAAACGGUAUUAGAUACAAAAUUUAGAAAAAAACAAAGAUUCUAGCAACCAACAAUAUAUUCCAUUUACACAUUAUUUUGAUUUGUGGAAUAACUCUCGCCUUUGCUUUAAAAUAUCAUUUGGAAUCUCAUCAUACAGUAUUCAUCGAAAAACAAUCGUAUGUAUUUUAUUAUCAAGAACUUCGCCCGAUUUAUACUUUGAUCACAACAUAUUUAUAUAUUAUUUGGAAUAUGACAUUGUUCGUUUUGAUUUUGCAUACAAAUGCAACUUAUCUUGAAGUCAAAUAUUUCAACGAGCAACUUGAAAAUUUCGAUGGCUCAGAUGAUAGUUCAACGUGUCAACAAUUGAUAAAGUUUUUGGAAGAUUACUGUAAUCUUUGUACAGUAAUCCGAAAACUGGAUCUGAUUUUUAGAGUGCGUUUGAAGAAGGAUUGGUGGGGGUUUUGGAAUUUUUUAGGACCUUCGGAACGUAUAGAUCAUUAACUUUGAUUUCGCAACUCUCAAUUUCGUAUUUUAAUUUUGUUUUUCUUAGAAAAUUCCGAAAUUCGAUUUCCAACCAACCCUGAUCCCAACUCCAAUUUCAAAUUCAAGAUUCAAAUAACUCCCCGUUCAGCUCUAUACAUUCAUUAUGAUAGUUACAACUGUUCCAUCAAUGAUCUUCUCUUUAAUGAUGAUGAAUCAUCGAAUUCACGGACUAUUCGAUUUAUUUUUAUGUUUGCCAACAAUUGCAAUGUGCACUUUCAGCUUUUUUUCAGUUACAAUUGCUCCAGCAAGACUUCAUGAUGAGGUUGUUUUUUUAAAUUGGAAAUCUAGAAAUUUUCUGUUUUCAGAUCACAAAAACAAAAGGAUAUGUUUGCCAGAACAAAUCAAUUUGGUUUCCAUAUCGAAAAGAAGUAUAUUUGAUUGCAAAUACCUUGACUUGUCAUAUGGAACAAUUUGAUCUUGGAAUUUCCGUUUGGGGUUUUGCCAUUCUUUCGAGGCCAUUGAUUUUGGGAGUGAGUUCUAAUACUGAAAAAAUCUUAUGAAAAUGAAAUGUUCCAGACUCUUUCGGCAACUGCAAUGAUGUUAUCUCUUCUCACAGAACUCGCACCCAAAACGGAUCUUCUUAAUUUAACCACAAAUAUAACUAUUUCCGAAUAA